AUGGACAGCAAGGACUUAGAAGCUGAAAUCCACCCCUUGAAGAACGAAGAUGGGAAACUGCAGGAGAAUCUGGGGAACCAGCUGAAAAAGGGAGGUAACUUGAAAAGCACGCCCUCGCAGUCCCGCCUCUCCAGAUGCCGGACGGUGGCCUUGUUCCUCUCGCUGUUCACCUGCCUGUUGGUGGUGUUUGUGAUUUCCUUCAUCAUCCCGUGUCCAGAGAGGCCGGUGUUAGAGAGCAUGUGGAGGAUCGAUUACAACGCAGCAGUCACCUACAACUUUCUGGCCACAAAAGACAUAAACAGGGACAGGGUCCAAGACGUUCUCUUUCUUUAUAAAAACACCAACAGCAGCAGCAAUGUCAGCCAGUCCUGCGCUGAUGAAGGCUUCUCCUCUCCCUGCUCCUUUGUGGCUGCUGCGUCGGGGGCCAACGGCAGCAUCCUGUGGGAGCGGCCCGCAGCCCAGGACGGGGCUCUCGUGCUGUGCGAUGUCCCCCACCCGAGGGACAGCGGGGCAUCUUCCGCCUGCAUCCUUGUGGGCAGAUCCGGUGGUUCUUUCCUCGCAGUCGACUUAUUCACAGGGGAGACCCUGUGGAACCAUCCCAGCACCUUCAGAAGGAACGCGACCAUCCUAAGCCCUUUACUCCAGGUGCCUGACCUCGAUGCCGACGGGGCCCCAGAUCUGCUGGUUCUCACCCAAGAGGACAAGGAGGUUAACGGCUACAUCUAUUCGGGAAGCACUGGGCACCAGAUUGGCCACCAAGAGAGCCUCGGUGUGGGUGGGACCAGUGGCUCCCUCCUUUAUGCCACCAGGGCGGGCGCCCACUACAUCCUGCUCCCCUGCGCAAGUUCCCUCUGUGGGCACUCUGUGAAGGGCCUCUACGAAAAAGUGACCGGGAGAGACAGCCCGCUGAGCAGAGACCCCAGCUGGGAGGACGUGCUCAACGCCACCAACCACGGGCUGCUCGCGCACAGCUCUGGAGCCAUCCACUACCUGAUGAACGUCCCCGGGAAGGGCGGCGAGGACCUCCUCCUCGUGAGUUCGGACGCCUGCGUGCUGCUGGGCGGCCAGGAGCUGGCACCCAGGUGGACCUUCAGCGCGCCCCAGGUCCCCAGGAAACCUAUCCUCGGCCACUACAAACCCGACACCUUAGCCGUGGCCAUUGAGAACGGAACCGGCAUUGACAGGCAGAUCCGGCUCCUGGACCUCAACACCGGGGCGGUCCUUUGGACUCUGGCCCUUCCAGGCCUCCCAGGGUUCCCUCCGUCUGCCAGCCUGCUGACCGCAGACCACCGCUCAGCCUUCUUCUUCUGGGGCCUGCACGAGCUGGCCGGUGCCAACCAGAUGGAGGCGGGAGACACCCAGCACAGCCUCUACCUGUUUCACCCCACACUGCCCGGCGUCCUGCUGGAGCUGGCCAACGUCUCUGCCAACAUCGUCACCUUCCAAGUGGCCCUGCUGGAGCCAGGCCGCCACGCCGCCUGCAUCCUCCUCACGGGCCCGGCCAGCCCGGCCGCGCCCGGCCUGGUCUCCAUGGCCAAGCACAAGGUGCAGGACCUCAUCCUGAGCAGCAGGGUGGUCCGCCUGGCCGAAGGCGGGGCUGACAGCGACCAGGACAUCAGGGACCGGCUCUCCCGCCUGCGGUACCUGAGCGAGGCCUAG